GGGGAUUCGAAGGCGAUAUGAAGUUGUCUGCCCUACCGGCGGUUUGCUUACAAGACAAAUAAAACAUCACUACGAACCCGGGGACAGCCUGUUAUCAAAUUAUUGAGCACCCCAUGCUCAUUUUUGCGGGGAUUGGAGAUUGGAUUUACGUCAUCUAAUCGUAAAGUUUUCUUGGCGCUGUGAGUGGCUAGCUGGUGUUUUUAUUAUAUUGUUUUGACACACGCCUGAUGGCGGUAUUGGGUGAUGGACCGAUUUUAGGCACAGGCAACUCAUCGCACUCAGUUCAUAAAGUUGAUCCAGACACGGUGAGAGGCGUGUCUCAUCUAUUCUUAAGAAAGCAAAAUUUGUGGCUUCGUGACUUUGCAAAAACUCACUGAAUCUUCAUGUUGCUGCUGUGUUUAAACAGUUUAUCAUCCAUACCAAACUGAUUUGGCAAGGCAGAGUCGACCAGAACUAAAAUCUUUUCUGUUUUUUGGAAAUUGUCUGCAGUCGAUUAGGAUAAAAGUUCAAAAUGCAAGAAGACAGUAUCUAUCAGACAAGUAGCAUCCAAACGGCAUCAUCCCCUGCGGUCCGCCAUCUAAGCCCCGUCGCCCGCAUGGAGCACCCAUCUCAAGUCUACCAUUCAGCUCUUUGGUGGAAUGCAGCAUCGGCAUCCACCCUACACGGCGAAGCGCCCGUAAUCACCCACACCGAUCUGGCUCACCGUAACCUGGCAGCUCUUAGGUACUACUCCCAUUCUUUGCCUCCCUGUGCGUUAACGCAUCCCUUCUCGCAUCUCGCUUCGUCACACCCGUACUUCCCUACCACCGUGGAGGGCCUGAGCUGGUUGAGCCUCGCUGCCCAUCAUGACUUCUACAAACUGGUCCGACCUCCGUACUCCUACUCGGCCCUCAUAGCGAUGGCCAUCCAAAGCUCGCCCGAGCACAAAAUCACCCUCAGCGGCAUCUAUCGCUACGUUGCCGAAAAUUUCCCGUUUUACAAGCGCAGCAAGGCAGGCUGGCAGAAUUCCAUUCGCCACAACCUCUCCCUCAACGACUGCUUCAUCAAGGUACCUCGAGCCGAUAACGACCCGGGAAAGGGCCACUACUGGACCCUCGACCCCAACUGCGAGAAAAUGUUUGACAACGGGAAUUUUCGACGAAAGAGGAAACGACGGGGCGAUUCGCUCGAGAGCCCUUCGUCAACCGUGCCCUCGUCACCCUCUUCCCUCAUCAUAGACGAUCACCCGAUGCCGACAUUAAGACCGGUCAAGCGUUUCAUCAUCGACCACGAUGCAGAAGACCCCAAGAAUGUUGACCGAAUAUAUACCACUCAACAAUCCCAACAACAAGGGCAUGGUCUUCGAGAAUAUAACAUCAGUGGUCAAGAUACAUCAGUGGUUUCCAAGGCGAUUCAUCUUCGGCAUCCUCCUCACAUCUCAAAGCAGUUAGAAGGUGACCUUCUCUCCGGGAUACCAUCAGCAGGACAAUUUGUUCAGAACAAAAAUAAAGCUAUCCUUAAAUCAAGCUUCAGCGUAAGAAGCCUACUCGGCCAAGACACAGAUGAAACAGCAGGUAAAGAAGAUCCAUGAUUGUGAAAUGUUGAAAAUUAUUUCAGAGAACAUUAAAACAUUUUGCAUACGGGAGAGAGGAAGUUAAAUUCUCAUCUCACAAGUUAGAAUAUCUUUUUAUUGACAGGGUAUAGUGACAGUAGAUACUGCAAAUAGUUCUCAAAAUCAUGUUGCUGUGUAAGACACUUUAAUUGUUUUAGACUUGAAUAUUGUGCAUAUUAUACUCUUAAUAAAGAAAUGCAGAGAUUUGAACGAGAAUGGAUGGAAACACACAGGAACAAAACUUUCUCAUGUUUUUCUUUACAUGACCAUGAUGACUGAAUAUGAUGAAUGCAUCCCGUACCGCCGUACUUCAUGU